CUAUGUGGCUGGGAGGAUCCGGGGUUCCUGUAUGCCUGCUUGGCGUAGCUCGCUUUGCCCUGCGGAGAUUCACCUUUGCGGGGUUCUCGGGCAGCCCCCAAGGCUGCAGGUUGAUCAUGGCAAGCGGUGGGUGCGAGGCUCUUGACCUGAAGGACAGAGACUCCGGCUGCCCGGAGGAGCCGCAGGAACUUCAGCUACCGGGCGGCGCCGAACCCUGUGGAGAGCAGCAGCCCCCGGCCGGGGAGAAGGAGCAGGCGCUAGUUCCGGCCUUGGUCCCAACCUCGGGCAGGAGGAAGAAGCGGCGGGGCCAGGUCGGGGAGCGCUUCGUGCCGCCCCCGAAGAAGCGGCGGGCCGGGGUCAGCUUCAGCGACCAGCACUUCGCCGAGACCAGCUAUUACUUCGACGGCGGGCUGCGCAAGGUGCGGCCUUACUACUUCGACUUUCAGACGUACUGCAAGGGCCGCUGGGUGGGCCGCAGCUUGCUCCACGUCUACAGUACCGAGUUUCGCGCCCACCCCCUCUCCUAUUACGAGGCGGCCGCCAGGGCCGGCCGCCUGCGCCUCAACGAGCAUCCAGUUCGAGACCUCAGCGUUAUUCUUAAGGACAAUGACUUCCUGCGGAACACCGUCCACCGGCAUGAGCCCCCUGUGACAGCAGAGCCCAUCCGUCUGCUAGCCGAGGAUGAUGAAGUCGUGGUGGUGGACAAGCCCUCUUCCAUGCCCGUCCACCCUUGUGGUCGCUUCCGCCACAAUACUGUCAUCUUUGUCCUGGGCAAGGAACACCGGCUUAAGGAGCUGCAUCCACUGCAUAGGCUGGACCGCCUCACCUCGGGGGUGCUCAUGUUUGCCAAGACGGCCGCUGUCUCUGAGCGUAUCCAUGAGCAAGUUAGAGAUCGGCAGCUGGAGAAAGAAUAUGUGUGCCGGGUGGAAGGAGAGUUCCCUGCUGAAGAAGUCACCUGCAAGGAGCCCAUCUUGGUGGUAUCCUACAAGGUGGGGCUAUGCCGUGUGGACCCACAGGGCAAGCCCUGUGAAACUAUAUUCCAGAGGCUGAGUUACAAUGGUCACUCUAGCGUGGUCCGGUGCCGGCCUCUUACUGGCCGUACCCACCAAAUCCGGGUACACUUGCAGUUCUUGGGCCACCCUAUCAUUAAUGAUCCCAUCUAUAACACCGAGGCUUGGGGCCCAGCACGGGGCCGAGGUGGCCAUAUCCCUAAGACAGAUGAUGAGCUGCUACGGGACCUGUUGGAGGAACACCGGGCCAAACAAAGCCUGGAUGUCCUGGAUCUCUUUGAAGGGGACCUACCCCCGGGUCUUAAACCUCCUUCAGACCCAUUUUUCAAGCCAGACUUGAAAGAGCAUGCUGCAACCACAAAAGAUCCUGAGGACCCAAACCAAGCGGCCUCCCCUGGUUUGGACACAACAGAGCUGGCCCCCGGGGAGGCAGCUGGGUCAGGGCUUAAGAAUAAAGAGAUGGACCCUCUCUGUGAGGAAUGCCGUUUGGUGAGACAAGACCCCUUGCCUCAGGAGCUGGUGAUGUACCUUCAUGCCCUGCGCUAUAAAGGACCUGGCUUUGAGUACUCUUCACCCAUGCCUGCCUGGGCACAAGAUGACUGGAAGGAAGACUGAGGGGUGUGUUCUGGAUUGCCUUCUGCAUUGGAGGCAGGCCAUCAUCCCUCACAGAGCUACUGUGGCUAGCCCCUCUUAGAAAGGGAAAGUGGACGUUCUCUGUUGGCACUCAGGAGCUAAAAAGGAGGAGUCUUGGGCUUUGAAAAAGUUUGUUCUUUUUCAGAGCAAAGGGGAAAUUAUAUACCUCAUUUGCCAUCCUGCCUCCAGCCAGAGUUUUGGCAUCUCUUAAUUCUGAAAGUGUUCCUUCCCGGUGUCUCUGCUUUGGGGGUUAUUUUCUGAGCUUUCAGGUGCUGCUGCUUGGUCCCAUACCCUGUGGCUGUACCUGGAUCCCUUCAGCCUUCCUUGCUAUGCAAGCAGAACUUUUCUCCCUCCUGCAGAAAGUUUUUGUCCCUUCCACUGUGAUAUGGUUCCUGUUUCUCUAGGUAUAUGUAGUAUAGCACCUAGGUUUGUGAAAUGCUAUUUUAGUCAAGUAGGAAAUAUUUUUUAAAUGCAUUUUUCUUUUCACACCAUGAUCAUCUCCCAAUUGUGUGUCCAUCUAUCCCUCUACCCCAACAAAAAAAACUAUUAAGCAUAACUGCCAAUGACAGAUUAUAUAACAGUUCCCAGGCCCCACAUUCUCCACCAAGGGGAGGUGUCCCAACUGCAGUCAUCAGGAACUAACAUUGGUCAUUGUAUUCGACCCUAGGUCUGUUGUCAUUUACAGUAAUGUGGUUCUCCUGGUUCUAUUUUCUUUGCACUGUUAUCAGUUCACACAGCAGUCCCGAUGAGCUCUGAAUUCCUCACCAUUCUUUAUAGUACAGUAAUAUUCCAUGUGUACCACAGUUCUUCUGUUCCCUAAUCAUUAGGCCCCUAUUUUUGUUGCCAGUUUUUUGCUUCUGUAAAUAUUUUGGCUUGGAUGGGACCUAGGUAUGUUCUCAGUAGUGGAAUCAUGUGGUCCGAGGGUAUGUAACCAGGUGACAAAAAGUAGAAAGAUCAAUAGAUUGAGAGUCAGAGGACCCAAGUUCAAAUAUCUGCUCUCUGCUUAUAUGAUCUUGGGCCAGUCGCUUAAAUCUGUAUUGGGCCUCAUCUUUUUCAUCAGUAAAAUACAAGAGUUGGACUAGA